AAAGAAAUUAAUAUUCUAUCAUUGUAUCUUCUUUGAAAAUGAAGCAUUUUCCUGCGAGCUUUUUCUUUUGGAAUAUUUUGUGAUUCCACUCAAAGCAUAUGAAAUUGAGCUUUGCUAUUAAUUUGCAGCCUAUCCGUAGUAAGAUGCGUUUUUUUUAUGCUGUUGAUCAGCAGAUUGAGACGUACGAGCCGUUUACAUGGAUUGGAUUGUGGAGAAGGAAGUUCGAUUCGUCUAACCCUUGAGAGAACGAAUCUAGAGGUAGACAAAUUUGGGCUAUCUGGAUUUGGAGUGGGGUUUAGGGUUUUGGGGAAGGGUCGAAACGAAAAGAAUCAAUGCAGAGGCAGAGCGUGAAUAUGAAGAGCCAAAGCGAAGAGAAUCAAUGGAGAAAUGGGGUUUGCCGGACCAGUGUGUUUUUGCAUGGGUAUAUAUACUUUGCUUUUCCACGUUAAGUUCUCUCCAUUGAUUUGCGCAACGAGGAAGAAAAGAACUGGGUCUUCCAUGGGUUCUCUAGAAAAAGGAGGGUGAAAGAUCUGGUUAGAGAAUCGGACAUAACAUGCUCGACGUAAUGUCCCAGUGAAACAUUAUAGGAAACGAUUCCUCGAAGCAGGAAUCAAUUUCUAUUGUCUGUAGAAGAGAAGGAAUCCUUUGAACGGGGUGACGAUAUUCAUUGCAGUAUAGUUUAUGUUUUGAAUUUGGUGUGAGACUGUUGCGUUGCUCGGCUUUAGUUUUCAGUAAUCCAAAAGCCUCUGAUCUCUUUCAAAGGUUUUACUUGAAGGAAAACAUCACCGCUCUGCUUGCUUGUUCAGGUAGAGCAGUGGACUCCAAUUGAUUCCACAUUACAAGAGCUCUCAAUUGUUUCGUUAAACUGUGUUGUCUAAGGCAAUUUAGCUGAAGGAUUCUCAACAAAAACGUGCAUCACUGCAUCAAUCGAUUUGCAGUGACAUAUGGAGCAAAAGCAGGAGAAUAAGCAGGAGCAGUUCCUAUCAUAUGAUUAUAAAAGAGUUCAUUCAAUCAGUAUCCUAUCUGAGCUGGAGAUUCUGUUAUUUCAGUGUCAGAACAGUUUAUCCAAACCCCUGAAAGAUGUCAGCCGUUCUGACAAUGAAGGCUCUGGUAAAGGAUCUUAUAAGGGCAAAAGGGCAUCCCGUUGGGUAGGGGUUAAAAAGCUUCUAUGUGCGUUAAGGCACAAGAACGUGGCUGCAAACCAAGUAAGCUACGAGAGUGGCAACGAGAGCGUAAAGUCACAAAACCAAAGCGAAGAAGAGAAAGAUAUCUGGGCAUUGCGAAUUGUCAUUGGUCGAAUUAAAACAAUACUUAAGGAUAAAAAACAAUAUGGAGCUUAUACUCGUGUGUCGAAGGAUCUUGAUGAGAAAGCCGAUGAAUUGAAAGGAAUUCUAAAGAAUAUACUGAAGGAGAAGAAUAUACUGAAGGAGAUGGCUCUGCCAUCUGAGACUAUGUCCAAAAUCAAGAGGAUCAGCAAAGACAUCUCUAAACUGAAGUCAGAUAUGCUUGGGAAGAAGAGAGAUCUAUACUUGCCCGGUCUGCAUGGGAAUAGUAAAGAGUUCCUUGAUAUCUUAGCUGCCGAAGUCAUAGAGAAAAUCUCGGGGCUUGACAUCGUUGGCAUGCUAUGCUUGUUGAGCUUCACUGUCUUCCCAGAGAAUUGUGAGGUUAAAAAGACAAUGUUGAUGUACUGGUGGAUUGGAGAAGGCUUUCUUCCUGCUAAAGGUGCCGAAGGUGCUAAAGAUGCUGAAGUGAAAGCAGAAAAAAUUCUUGAUGGAUUCUCAAGGAGAGGAUUGAUUGAGCCUGUUAAAGAUGACCGGAAACUAAAGCCAAACAGUUAUAAGAUGGAUCCCCAUGUUCAUUCUGCGGUUAUCUAUUUAGCAGAAAAAUUGAAUUUCUUUCAAAUCUAUGAAAAUAAAAAGAAAAAGCCUUCCAUGGCAGUAUCAAAAAAGCAUAAGGUUUGCUUGGUAGAAGGGUCCUCGUUGCAGAAAGAGGCAAAAUUGUCUAAGAUGAAGAAGAACCUCGACACUGUGAAGACGGUGUUCAAUUCUUCUGAACGGUUUCCCGAUUUCACAUUCAAGUGGUUUCAGCAUAUGAAUGCGCUUAAGGUUCUUUAUAUAGGAAGAUGGGAACGAACCCCUAAAUGCCACAUUGAGGUAGAAAGCACCGAGUUUCUGGAGAAUAUAAAGACCAUGAAAGAGCUAAGGCUUGUAAGUUUCCAAGGGAUAUCGAGAAUUGAAAAGCUCGAUAAGUCCAUUUGUCAGCUCUCCAAGCUGGUGAUCUUGGAUCUCAGGUCAUGCUACAACUUGGAGGUCCUUCCGGAUGAUAUAGACUCACUUGAGAAUCUUAUUUACUUGGAUGUAUCGGAGUGCUAUAUGCUUGAUCGCAUGCCCAAGGAAAUUUCCGAACUCUCGAAGCUACAAGUUCUUAAAGGCUUUGUGGUCAGUGAUGCCGACGAGGAAAAUUGUUGUACGCUUUCUCAGUUGGAACGCAUGACGAGCCUGAGAAAACUGAGCAUCAACAUAAACAAAUACGAUCUCAAGGUAGAAGACUUGAUGAAGUCAUUGACUAAGCUUACUCAACUCAAGAGUCUGAAAAUAGCAUGGGGAGCCCGAUUUGGGAAGGACGAGAAGGAAGGCACCGACACGACGUGGUUUAGCAAAGCAUGGAGGAAGAAAGAAAAGGCAAUUAGGCUAAAGUUACAACACAAAAGCACGAAUGAGAAAGAGGGGGACCAAGGAGAUAACAAGGGGAAGACAAGCAUGGAUAAGAGAGGAGAUGCAGAAGAGAAAGGAACACUCCCAUUAGAGUCAAAAGACAGAGUUCAAUACAGGAAGGAAGACGAUAUAGGAACUAGCAAAACAAAGAUGAAAGGAGGAGAUGGAAAAGUUGAGAAGGUUGAUCUAGAAGAACCCAAGGAGCACGGUGGGUUAGAAGUAGAGACCCAAAAGUCAGGCAAAGCUGUCGAGCAAGAUAAGAAGGCGAGUCCUUCACAAGAACUAGAACGUGCUAUCUCGAAGAAGCAAGAUGGUCACAAAGGAGAAGAUAAAGAGCAAAAGAAACAAGAUGGAGAAGAAGCCAAGAUUGUUGAGGAAGAUAAGAAGCCAAGUCCUUCACAAGAACUAGAACGUGUUAUCUCGAAGGAGCAUGAUGGUCACAAAGGAGACGAAGAGCAAAAGAAACAAGAUGGGAAACAGGAUGGAGAAGAAGCCAAGACCCAGAAGUUAGACAAGGUUGUUGAGGAAGGUAAGGAGGCGAGUCCUUCGCAGGAACCGAAACCUGUGAUUCCCAAAAAAUCAGAUAAUCACAAAGGAGACAAUGAAGAGCAAAAGCAGGAAGAUGGGAGAAAGGAGGUUGAUGGAGAAAGAAGAAAGGAGCAGGGCGGGGAAGAAGAAAAGAUCCAAAAGUCAGACCAGGUUAUCCAGGAAAAUAAGAACAUGAUUCCCUCGCAAGAACCAAAAGGCAUGAUCCAGAAGAAGCAAGAUGCUCAUAAAGCAGAGAACAACGAGCAAAUGAAAGAAGGUAGGAAAAAGGAGGUUGGUCAAGAUGAGAGCAAGGAGCGUGGUGGAGAAGAAGCAGAGAUCCAUAAGUCGGACAAGGUACAAGAAGGUGAGUCCUUUGCAGGAAUGAAGAAACCCUUAAUCCAGAAGAAGCCAGAUGGUCCAAAAGGAGACAACAAAGGGCAGAACAAAGAAAAUGGGAAAACGGGGGAGGUUGAUGUAGGAGAAGGCAGAAAGCAUGAUGGGAUAGAUACAAGGAGCAAUAAUACACAAGAGAUAGUCGAGGAAGAUAAGGAAAAGAAUGCUUCCCGAGAAUCAAACGCCACAAUCCAUAAGGAGCCACAUGAUAACAAAGGAGACAAUGCGGUCAUGAAAAACACUGCAGCAAAGUCAUCGGGCCCCGGUAUAGACAAGAAGAGCAAGAUUAAAGAGUGUAACGAUGCAUCAAUUAUAUCCAAAAAAGAAAAGAGAACAGCCAAAAAACCAGAAUCAAAUGGCACAUACAAGUUACCUCCCACCUUGAAGACUUUGGAGCUAGAAGGUUUCCCUGAGGAAGAGCUACCCACGAGUUGGCUGAAACCUGAUGAUCCUGGAAUACUAGAGAAGCUCGCCAUCAGAGGAGGAAAAGUGAGUAGAAUCGGCGGCAAAACAUCAAAUGAAGAUAUCAAAUACGACAUUAAGGUCUUACGUUUGAAGUACUUGGAUGAGUUCAAAGCAGAGUGGAAAGAUUUGCAAGCGCUGUUUCCAAAUAUGAUUCUCUUGGAGAAAUACAAAUGUCCAAAGGUCACAUUCUGUCCCACUGAUGCUAAUGGAGUCUGGAGGAGGCCAUUACCACAGGCAUCCACGCGAAAGCCCAAAUAAGUUGACUGCCAGAAGCCUUGACUUCCUUUAGUUGUUGUUACCUAUCUGUAUCUUAAUACCCUGAAUAAAUACACAUCUCCUAUUUGUGUAAACCA